AUGCAUGAUCCUCACCGACCGCCCCUGCCCCCCUCGUCAGCGCAUCCGUCCUUCUCGCCCUAUCCACCGCGAGAUCCCAUCGUGAAAAGAGACCCGGGCGAGGAAACCUCGCUUCCCCAGUUGCGCCGGCCGAACUCGACUGGUACCGUUGCCGACAAUAUACCACAAGGUCCCCAUGGUCCUCAUCAUUCUCAUCCUCAUCCCCCUCCUCCCCCAGACGACCCGCGACGACAUAUGAGUUACGACAACGGGGCACCUAUGCCACCUUCGCCAGCCAUGUAUAGACCGCCGCAGAAUUAUCACCCCCCGCCGACUCCAGUCAGUCAGCAUCCUCAAUAUGACAGCCCUCAGAUGUAUGGCCCGCCGGCAUCCAUGUAUCCCACAUUAGAGAUUGCGACUAGCGCUAAGCGGAAAGCCCAACGCGCCUCACAGGCAUGCGACAGUUGUAGGCAGCUCAAAGCUAAGUGCGACGAAACUAAACCGUGUAAGAACUGCCGAGAGAAGAAUAUCGAUUGCAAAUAUCGAGAUCCUCCAGCAAAACAGCCGGAUAAAGUAACAGCAGAUUUGUUGGAAAUGCUUGCCUCUAUGAGAGAGGAACUAAACACCAAGCUUUCAAGUAUAAACGAAGAACUUGCCGGUCUGAGACAGGACAGCAUGAACCACAACCAGCGGGUGGCCAAUUUGGAGUCCAAGGUCAAACAGCUGAAUUCCGGGAUCGACAUGAAGGUUGAAUCGAUAGAAGAGGAGGAACGACCAAGCUUUCCUGGUUCGCCCCAGCCCACUGGUAAAACGCAAGGCGAUGAAUCAUUAUCUUCUCCUGGUGGGACGGUGGUAGAGCCUAGCCUCACGAUGGAUGAAGCUCACGCCACGCUCCAAGAAGCUAACGACGACGAGCAGAUGGAAGAUAACCCAGGACCACUUGUAACACCUGGCAAGCCUGCUAUGCCUCCGAAUCAUACGACGUUGGCUGGAUUGCUUUUAAAAUGGCCUUCGAUUAAAAGAAUGGUCCAUCAUUUGAUGGAGGCAGAGAAAAUAUAUCACCCUGACGAAUACCCAAUACGACAGGAGCAACAGCGGGGUAUGCUACGCGUCUUUGGAAGAGGCGAGGGGUUCGACCAAGAUAUCCGCGCUUCCGAUAAAGAGACUCCACCGGAUCAUACUAUGACGGAUGUUUUGGAUGACUGCUCAGACGUUGCGUCUCCUUCACCUAUGGGAGAGGCAUGGGGCCAAGUAGGCAGCUUAACUCCCCCACCAGGCGUUGAAUAUAGAGGCGGAGUGGUGAAUGUUGAUGGGAAUCCGGAUUGGGACGCGGCGAAGAUUUGGAGAUACGUGGCCAGCUUCGAGAAAAACAUUCUCAAUAUGCAUCCGAUAAUAAUCCCCAGGGAACUCCACGCGAUGGUCAAGGUAUUCCUUGAGACGUUACCAAAGAACCAAAGCACUCAGGGCAACAAGCUUGGUUUAAACGCGAGAUUUGUCAACCAACCGAGUGCGAUACCUCCGUCGUUCUCUGAAACGGGAACCAAGAGAAAGAGGUCACCCGCCGCUGAUGAGCAGACUCCUUCGACAUCGUUUUUAAAGCCUGGACGACCAUAUCGAAGUGUUCAUAGUGCACUUGUUCUGCUGGUUUUCGCCCUCGGGAAAAUCUGCCAACAUAAGGAUAAAAUCCCAGAAGCGGUUCACGAAUCAGAUUCGCCAAUGCAUCACUCGCCUUCGGUUCGAAACGGCGUUCUAGCUUCUCCUUUGCAGGGAUCACCUCCGGGAAUCAUGUCUCACUCACAAUCCUCGAAUAUGCCCUCUCCCAAGGAGAGUGACCGAAUUCCUAUGAGUCGAAGACCUUCUCUUCAAGGGAAUUCCUCGGGUUCAAGGGGGCCACAUUCGCAUAAGCGGAAUCUAGAUGUGAUUCCUGGUCUCGAAUACUUCGCUCUAGCCAUGGAUAUCAUGGGUAGCCAUAUCGGAGGAUUUAACCUGAAGCAUGUAUAUGUGCAUAUUUUAGCAGGUCUUUAUUAUGGACAGCUUGGGCGUGUUCUUGAGAGUUGGUCGUACAUAUCUCUUGCCAGUCGGAAUCUGCAGGUCAUACUUAGACCGAGCCUCGAUCGACUUUCAAAGUUUCACGAUGCAGGGAAGAGUCUUGGAUCAUCCCGUAGGGACAAUCAGUUGGCCUUCGCUUUCUGGACAUGUCUGCAGUUGGAAAGUGACAUUCUUGCUGAGCUGCCCCUUCCCCACUCAAACAUCUUGCAAUAUGAAGAUAGGAUGCCAUACCCAAACUCCGAGUAUGCCGUCAACCAAGGUUUCUCGGAACACGUCGUAACGGGUUACAUUGCGCAACUGUAUCUUAGGAAACAGCUAAACCAAGUGCACUCACUGCUCUACGACUCCGAGAAGCAAGCCAAACAUAAAAAUGGAAUAACGUUAGACGACCCGGCGAUCGAAGAAGGCAUCAAGGGGAUUGAGGAGAUGCUUAGGAACUCGAGAGAUUUUUGGGUGCCUAAGAGUUACCAGUGGAAUGAUAACGACCUACCGGCAGCAGAUAUACUCGGGGCUCGCCUUCGUGCCAAAUAUUGGGGUUCCCAGGUCAUCCUCUACCGACCUUUUCUGAGGGCAAUACUCGAACGAGAGCCGUGGCCAUACCACAACCAGGGAUCACCAGAUGCUCAGCCAGGCCUAAGCCUCGAAGAAAUGCCCCCGAACGUGGACCCCAGGAUUCUUAACUAUGCUGGCUUAGCCAUCCACGCCCUCGUGGAGAGUACCAGAGCAUUUCACGGGAUACCUAGCAGUCAACGGAUUAUCAUUACCAAUGUGUUUGGAACUGCUCAUGCUCAAUGGGGAAAUCUUUUAACCUUAGCAGCGUGCUUCAAGGAUAGAUACCUACGGAGGUUCAUCGACGGGGAAACCUUGAAAGAACUCUUUUCUAAAACGAUCGCCUUUUUCCAGACGAUCGUCCAGCCUACCAGUGCGCUCAGGGCCGAUAUGAAUAUUCUUAUUGGGUUGGCGAAGGAAUUUGGCUUCCCUUACGAAGAAUACGACCCUGUGUACUCGAGCUUCUCCAGCAUGUCCGGUAGCGGUCCUCAACCAUCUAUGCAUAAUAAUCCCAACGACAACUACCACGGCCCUCCAGGACGCUCGCAUUAA